AUGGUCUGUAAAGAGGUCACUGGCGUCCUUGACUGUACUGCUGUGCUGGACCAACCCAACUUAAUGGUAUUCAUAAUUCCAGACUUGUCCACCAUAGAUGGUCAUUUGACAGGGCCUGCUGACGGCCUCAGGGCUGCUUCCAUGGUCAGUGAUAGACAGGCGGGUCAUCAACCUCCAGAUGAGGCUAAUUUUAGUGUCUCCAGCCAUGACACGGGCUGGUCCCGUUUGCAACAAAAACUGUCAGCUCAUAUACAAGGUUCACUUUCAAGCCACUAUGUGCCCACAACUUUUGUGAAAAUAGCUGGGCAUUUUCCUUUGACUCAGAAUGGUAAACUGGACAAGAAACAGCUUCUCAAGAUGGGAUAUGAAGAGCUAAAAGCUGGAUUGGAAAUCAAGAAUGUGCAGCAUUUAUCCCAACAAGUGUGGAUGGUAAAUCUGCCAGCACCACCUGAGGCCAUACAGGACACAAGCAACUUCAUAUCUCUUGGUGGUGAUUCUUUGGCAGCUGUGAGAGUCAUUAAUCAGUUGGAGAGCCUUUUUGGCUGCAGUCUGCCCUCCCUGCUGGAUGUCCUAGUUAACAGGGAGUUCUGGCAUUUUGUGGAGGAGCUCCAGAGAUAUGUUAGCCUGAGAUUAUCUGACACCUCUUGGACACAGACACCUCUGAGAGCAAGCAGACUUGCCAGCGACAGUUUGGGCAGCAAUAAUGUAACCAGCAGUGUUCACUAUGAUACGAGUGCUGGAGAGAAGACUGUUAAUGGGGCAAAGCAAGAUAUUCAUUCUCUAGGUGUAUAUAACAAGAGGCUGCAGACUCCGAAGCAUAAACAGGCCGUAGCUGAUGGAUGGACGGGGAGUAAAGUGGCAAAACUUACAGAUAUGUCUACACCAUCUGCGACAGCAGCAUUGGCUAAGUCGCUUCCCUUGUUAAGCGAGCUUCAUGAAUAUCGCCAGUCACUGGUGGACACUCACAGUAAUGCUUCAUCUAAGAGUCAGGAGAAGCCGGAGUGUCACAAAGAAAAUCUAGGGAUGAGUUAUGGUGCUAAAAAAUAUCCAGAGGCUUCUACAGUGACUGUGGAGGCUCAAACUAGGCAUUCAUCUCAAGCUCUCGGCAAGCUGGAAAGUGAAGAUGAUAAUCCAGGGUUAAGUUGGGAUGUGGAUGCAGCUCUCAGAAGACAGGAAGGUUUGAUAUUGCCUGUAGGAACAUGCAGCAGAAGUUCAUCUAUGCAUCAGAAAAGGCUAGUCAGCAGACAGGGCAACCCAGAAUUAGGUAUUGAUGCUGAUGCCACUGCUCUAAGUCACACAGAUCAUUUGUUGCCUUCAGGGACAUUGCUGGAAAGCUCACAUAAACAUCAAGGGAGAGAGAAUAGUCAACAAGAUGGUUCAGAGUCUGGCACUGCUACAGAUGACAGUGCUGAAAGACAAGUAACCUCUAAUUCACCAAUAAGGAUAAUCUCUCGGGGGUCAGUGAGACAAAAAGGUGGCAGCACACCUGGUGUAGAACCAUCCAGAAGGUUAACUACAAGUAUACCAUCAGACACCUGUGAAUAUAAGGCUUAUCACUGUCAUGCCAUGGAAUCUAAUGCUACAGUAGGUGGGAGUCUCACACAAACACUGAAGACAGUUCUUGAGCUGACACUGACAUGGAAGUUUGAUACCAAGAAAUGUGUCGAUGCAUCACCUUUGGUUGUUGAACAAGGUGGUGUCACCUUGGUGUACAUUGGCUCCCACUCCGGUCAGUUUAGUGCUAUCGACAUCUUCACAGGAAGCUGUCUGUGGUCAGUGACCUUGCCAGAUCGUAUUGAGUCAUCAGCUUGCUGCAGUCUGUGUGGGUCUUAUGUGAUUGUGGGUUGCUAUGACGGAAUGUUGUAUGUGAUAAAUGCAACAUCUGGGUUUGUUGUGUGGAAGUUUCAAACUGGUGAUAUGGUCAAAUGCUCUCCUGUGGUGGAUGAUCAUACUGGAUUUGUCAUUUGUGGAUCGCAUGACGGAUAUUUGUAUUGUCUGGAUGUAAAGGAAAAACUGUGUGUGUGGAAGUGCCAUUUGGGAGGAGGUAGCGUGUUUUCUUCUCCUGUCGUUGACACGGCAGCACGCCUGGUGUAUGCUGCCUCACUGGCAGGAACAGUCCUGGCCAUCUGUGCUGAUUCUGGUACAGUCAGAUGGGUCUAUGACCUCCAGAAGCCAGUGUUCUCAUCAUUAUCUCUAAUUGGUCACUCCCUCCUGAUUGGUUGUGUUGAUGGAAACUUGUACUCUCUUAAUUCACUGGGGCAUAAGGAAUGGACAUUUUCAACUAAAGCCCCAGUUUUCUCAACACCAGUUGUACAUAAAUCAUCAAUCGUCUUGGGGUCACAUGAUCAUCAUGUCUACUGUCUCACUGACUCUGGACAGCAGACGUGGACAUUUCAAGCCAGCUCUCCUGUGUAUGCCACUGCCUUUGCUUCUGCGCUGACCACGUCCACAGAAAAUGACCAGUACCCUUGUACAGAUCCGCCACUUGAAAACAGCACUUUAAAAGCACUCCUCACAUCAUGUGCAGCAACAACUAUGUUCCAGGGUUGUGAUCGCAGAAACUAA